AUGUUUAGACAAACCUUACGUCAAGUCGCUAGACAAUCAGCUACUGUUGUCAGAAGAAACUAUGCCACUGAAGCUGCCACGUCCGACGCAUUAAAGUUAUCAUUAGCUUUACCACACCAAACUUUAUACUCAGAAAGUGAAGUUGAACAAGUCAACUUACCAUCAAUUAAUGGUGACUUAGGUAUCUUAGCUAACCAUAUUCCAAUUGUUGAACAAUUAAGACCAGGUUUAUUAGAAAUCAUUUCCAAGGGUGGUGAAACCGAACAAUACUUUGUAAGUGGUGGUAUUGCUACUGUCCAACCAGGUAACAAAUUGACCAUCAGUGCCAUCGAAGCAUUCAAACCAGAACAAUUCGAUGCCCAAGCAGUCAAGUCAUUAAUUGCUGACGCACAAAAGAGAGCCAGCUCUUCUGACGAAGUUGUUGUUGCUGAAGCCAAUAUCGAAUUAGAAGUUUUAGAAGCUUUACAAGGGGUUGCCAAAUAG